AUGGAAGGAGGAAGCACGAUUUUAGAACUUGAAAACCAAUUUCUUGAGAAAUUCAGCUCUGAUCGAAACAGCUCGUAUCCUGAGACUAAGAUAACUUUCCGUAAACUUCAGUCAGAUGACUUCUCUCGUGGAUAUUACGAUGUGCUCUCAAACCUGACUACCACAGGAGAUGUGACUCAGUCUCAAUUUGAGGAACAAUUUAGCCGUAUAGACCCUCAGAAUUCAGAGACAUACAAAAUUAUCGUAGGAGUAGAUGAAGCUACAGACAGGAUCGUCACUAAUGGAACUCUUCUAAUAGAACAAAAGUUUAUUAGAGAGUGUGCAGCAUGCGGCCAUAUUGAGGAUAUCGUAGUACACAAGGAUUAUGGGAAACAAGGACUAGGAAGAGAUGUCCUUCAGGUGAUCAAAGAACUGGCUAAGAUUAAUAAGUGAUAUAAGGUCAUACUUGAUUGAAGUGAUGGGUAUAAGGGAUUCUAUGAAAAGAACGAUUUUGAGCAGAAAGGCGUCCAAAUGGCAAAGUAUAAUCCUGAAGAGGAAGAUUAGAGAGCAAGUGAUUUAUUCAAUAUUCAAA